AUGUUUACAACACUCAACAUCUCAAAGUCUGACGACUACAACCUGUCAAUUGCUGACUCUCAGAGACUGUUAGAGCUGACUCAUCGGUCCGUCAAAGUAAGCAUAAUAGUCGUUUUGGGUGUGAUGAUCACUUUGGGAAAUAUUGCAGUUCUCCUGGUUAUUACUUCCUCCGUGGCUGGAUGGUCAAGAAGCUCUCGGUACUUUCUCCUCUCUCUCACUGCUGCAGACUCAGCGUUUGGACUGUUGGUCAUGCCUUUGAAUCUGUGGGUGAGUCUGAUAAAGGACUACAGUGAGGGGCCAGAUGCGCUUUGUCAUGUCGUGGCCUUUUGCAAUGCCACCGUGUACUCCACCUGCAUGUAUACGCUAGCCUCCAUAAGCCUGGAGAGGUACAUAGCAGUGUUUUAUCCGCUGAAAUACUCAUCUCUGUUGACAAGAAGAAACACACUGCUCCUGAUCGCCCUUGCCUGGUGCGUCCCUCCGUGUUUAUUGUCGCCAAUACCAUUUCCAGGUGCCAUUAUCGAGGUUCAUUUUUCCACAGCAUCACUGGUCUGCAAUCUAUCCUACUCUACAAACGUGGGAUACUCCCUAAGCAUGACAUGUCUUAUAUUCUUUCCUUGCUCCAUCAUCAUGACAUAUGCAAACCUCAGAGUGUGGCGUGCUGCCAAGAGACAGAGACUGAAACUGCGCAAGUACUGCGGUGCACGUCGCCGCAGACACGACGUUGCAUCCAGAGUGCUCGUGCCUGUGAUGGCAGCCUACUACACCUGUUGGACACCCUGCGUGGCAGCUCUCAUCUACAAUGCACUCUCAGGUAACAGUGUACCAGAGUGGAUUGAAUUUGUGGUGGUAUGGCUACCAACCUCAAAUGGUUUCCUCAACUGCAUCUUCUACUUCUGGAUCAACAGAAGCUUCCGCAGGAAAUUCCACCUCAUCCUGCAGAGGCUGGCUCUGUCCUUCUGCCCCAAACUGGCCAAAACCCUUGGGUGCUGCACAACUUCAAGGACACAGACUGUGUCAGGAAUUCUGGAUAAUAACAACAGUGUCCAUGAGCGGUCUUCCAGUGUGUCCUCCACCUGUACCCUGUUGAGUCUGGCGUAG